AUUGUAACUGUGUUGGCUAAAAUAUUAAUGAUUGUGUUAAAUGUCUUCUCUUUUUAAGCUACCAUUCAGCCUUGCUGUCAGAGUGCAGCAAUGCAGCAACCCUGAUUAUUCUUAGUCCACAAUAUUCUCUUCACUGUCAACAUUAGAAAGUCAUCAUUUUUGCUGCACUUUCACGUGUUUGGCCAGCAGUUAAAAGAAGCCUGUCAGAUCAGGCAAGCCCUCUUCCCGCCUCCUCCUCCUCUUCCAAGAUCCAUCUUUGUAGUACCACCAGGCAACAGUGGGCGCUGAAAAAGUGCACCGGAGCCGAGCUGGUGAAACAAGGAAAAGAGAAGUCUAAGGAGCUUGAAGCAUCUGUGGGAUCUCUGAGCCAUCAGAGAUCAGUCGAUUAUUCUCCGAGUGAAGAAGCUGCCAGAUAAGAGCAACCAGCGUCGAUGCGCCCAAAUAAUGACGGCAGUGGCCUUAUGAUUUCUGCCUCCGGCUCGUCAUUACUGUCAUAUACUGGGCUGCAAUUUUAUAUCUCCUAUGUUUGCAGCUCGCGCUGCCAGGAAAGACUGGAAACCGAAUCAUCUCCAACACAGAGCGCACGGAGAGAUUUUUUUGCCGCUUGAAACAGUUCCCGGGGAAUAAUUACGCAAAGGAAGAUUUAUUUUACGCACCACCGAUGGACUUUGAAACUUUUCAAUGAAACUUAUUCUGUGAGUACAGUUGAGUGUGUCACAAAAUAACCCCAGUAAUGAGUAAUCCACGACGCAGGCACUAAGGAACCGGUGAAACCCGAUUGUGCGUUUGGGCACCCCGAGCGUCGCCUAGUUUCUUUUUUCCCCUCUUUCUUUCACAUGGCUUCUAUCUUUGGGCGUGCAGAUAACCCUUGCAUUAUUCAUAUUUCAUGGCUGUAGAGUGCAGCAACAGUAGUGCGCGGCGAAAAAGAACGGUGCAAGUCUAAGUGGGGCGAAGACAUCGCACUUUUAUAGCCUUCUUUCUCUAACAGGAACAACCAUUACGCACGGACUGCAGCAAGUACACACUGGACUUUUUUCUUUUCUUUUCUUUUUUUCCCCCUCCAACACUGAAUCCUUUGUUAUUUCUUUCGCUGCUGUCAUCGUAGUAUGUCUGCACUUCGAAAGAAAUUUGGGGACGAUUAUCAGGUAGUGACCACCUCGUCCAGCGGGUCUGGAUUCAAUCAGCCUCCUCCGGAGAAAAAGAAGAAGAGACAAAGAUUCGUGGACAAGAACGGGCGAUGCAACGUCCAGCAUGGGAACCUGGGUGGUGAAACAAGCAGAUACCUGUCCGACUUGUUCACAACACUGGUAGAUUUGAAAUGGCGCUGGAAUCUCUUUAUUUUCAUCCUCACCUACACGGUGGCUUGGCUCUUCAUGGCCUCUAUGUGGUGGUUCAUCGCAUACAUCAGAGGAGACCUCAACAGAGCCCAUAAUGACAAGUACACUCCAUGUGUGGCCAACGUCUAUAACUUUCCAUCAGCUUUCCUCUUCUUCAUAGAGACCGAGGCCACGAUAGGAUAUGGUUACAGAUACAUUACAGACAAAUGCCCCGAGGGGAUCAUUCUCUUUCUUUUCCAGUCCAUCCUCGGCUCUAUCGUCGAUGCAUUUCUGAUCGGCUGCAUGUUCAUCAAGAUGUCUCAGCCCAAGAAGAGGGCAGAGACUCUGAUGUUCAGCGAGCACGCCGCGAUUUCCAUGAGAGAUGGAAAACUCACUCUCAUGUUCAGGGUCGGCAACUUGCGUAACAGCCAUAUGGUGUCUGCGCAGAUCCGCUGCAAACUGCUGAAAUCUCGUCAGACGCCUGAAGGUGAGUUUCUGCCGCUGGAUCAGCUGGAGCUGGACGUGGGCUUCAGCACUGGGGCAGAUCAGCUCUUUCUCGUCUCACCUCUCACAAUCUGCCACGUGAUUGACACCAAAAGCCCCUUCUACGACCUUUCGCAGAGGUCCAUGCAAACAGAGCAGUUUGAAAUUGUGGUGAUACUGGAGGGCAUCGUAGAGACCACAGGAAUGACAUGCCAAGCGAGGACAUCGUACACUGAGGACGAGGUUCUGUGGGGACACCGCUUCUUCCCAGUCAUCUCCUUAGAGGAAGGCUUUUUCAAGGUGGACUACUCUCAAUUCCAUGCUACAUUUGAGGUUCCCACCACUCCUUACAGUGUGAAGGAACAGGAGGAGGCUCUACUGCUCUCCUCACCCCUCAUGGCUCCAUCCCUGUGCAACAGUGGGGACAAAAACAGCUCUCUGGACUGCCUGCAGACCCUGGAGGACAAUGACAGCACAACUAAACUGCCUACCAAACUCCAGAAGAUCACAGGGCGGGAUGGCUUACCUAAGAAGCUGCUAAGGAUGAGCUCCACCACCUCAGAGAUGACUUACAACUUUGGAGAACUGCCCAUGAAGUUGCAGCGGAUCAGUUCUGUUCCAGGUGUCUCUGAUGAUAAGCAGGCUGGUAAGGCCUCCAAGAUCAGCACAGAGCCCAUGAGUAAGUCAGUGGCAGACUUACCUCCAAAGCUGCAGCGACUAGCUGGGGGAGGAGGGGGCAGGAUGGAUGGACACCUGCCGCCUAAACUCAGAAAGAUGAAUUCAGAUCGCUUUACAUAGAGCAGACCACAAAUUGUGACUCCUGAUAGCUCCUUUUACCCUUUCCAAACCAGAGUACUUCUUGUAAAAUUUACCAAUGGACUGCAAUCUUGUAUCUAAAGAAAUAAAGACUACGUGCACAAAUAACCUUAUAUAAAAUAGGGUGUUGGAAAUGAGCACAUAUGUGCUACAAUGAAAGACCUCAGAUAUUUUUGUUCCUUUUUUAAAAAAAAAUAGUAUGAUGUACAAUUAGCACAAUCUGGCAUGAAACUGCGCAUGUAAAUGUAAAUCUUAAUUUCUGGCAUGACAUUUGUUAUAAUUUAUUUUGCAGAGAAGAAUUUCUUCUGUGAGUUUGAAGACGGAAGGAAAAUUGCACAAGCCAUAUGAUUUACUGUAUUGAAAAGCCUAAAUGACAUUGCUCUAUUUUGUAGUGACAAAUACAUACAUUUGUUUUGAGUUUAUUGCUUUGGGUGUUUAAUGUAAAUCGUGGCAAAGUUAUGUUGACUGCAUGCUCCUUUUACUGACUUAGCUAUACAAAGGUAAUAGACAAAUAUGUUUAGCCUUAACUAUAUUACCUUAAUUCCAUUUUCAUGUUGGUUUCCAGCUGUAUUUUUGGUAUUUAAUAUACAAAACUAUUUUACCAUGUGCAAGUUCAUGAAUUUAUUAAAUGAUCAAAUAUGGACCAUGUUGCUAGAUGAUGCACUACAUGUUUACAAAUGCAUUAUUAGCAUCAGAGGAACUGGGCACAAUGCAACAUUCACUUUCUCAUUAAUGUAAAAUUGUGUAAUCCAAAUUGAUAAGCACAAAUUAAUCGUUGUGUAUUUUCCUGUGAUGCUGGGAGGUAUUUAUGGGCAUUUUGUUGCCUGGUAUAGCACAAAAGUUAAAGUACGUCUGUACUUACAACAGCCUCUAUUAGACUUUUAACUUAGGUGUUACUGGCUAGAUAUAGUAGGUCUGUAAGACAUUCUAUAUAUUUAUUCUAAGGGCCCAAUAUACAAUAUACGCCUCCUCUGUAAUGAAAGCAAUAAUAAUAUAAAUAUAAUCUGAAGCCACUGGAUUUACAACGACAACCCCCCGAUUCAUUCUGUUUCCGGUUUUCUCUAAAUGAAUCAAACACAUUGUAUGGUACCCAAUCUCUUCAGGAAUAAAGAUCUAACAUAACUGCUUAUUA